UUCAUCACCUCAAAUUUUUAAUCAUCUGCAAUUGAAAGUUGAUUUGAAAAAGUGUCAAAGAGGCGGUUAAUCUCCAUUACUGCUUAUCCGACUCCACUAUGAACCUUUACACUCUCAUCCCUGCCACAAUUUUUCUUGCUCUUUCACUUCUCCUUCUUCCUCUUCUCAACAACUAUUGGUUGAGUUUGACUCCAUCAACACCCUCAGUAGCAGAUUUAAUACUAAGAAAUGGAGUUAUAUUCACCAGCGAUGAGUCUCUUCCGUUUGCCGACUCUAUGGCCAUCUUAAACGGCAGGAUUCUCCGCGUUGGGAACUAUUCUUCCAUCCAGGAAUUGGCUGGAGAUGGGACAAAAGAGUUGAAUCUUGAAGGAAAAUUUGUGGUUCCAGGAUUUAUUGAUUCCCAUGUCCAUUUGAUUUGGGGAGGGCUGCAGAUGGCACAAGUGGAACUGCAUGGUGUAAAUUGUAAGGAUGAAUUUGUGAGAAGAGUCAAAGCAGUGAGAAAUUUAAAAAAAGGUUCCUGGAUUCUGGGUGGUGGAUGGAACAAUGACCUUUGGGGAGGAGACUUGCCAAUGACAUCUUGGAUUGAUGAUAUUACACCUGACAAUCCUGUUUGGUUAUCAAGGAUGGAUGGUCAUAUGGGCUUGGCAAAUUCAGUUGCCCUACAGAUGGCUGGGAUUACUAAUUUAUCGGAAGAUCCUGCUGGUGGAACUAUUAUGAGGACAUCUAGUGGAGAACCUACUGGAUUGCUAGUUGAUGCUGCAAUGAAACUCAUUCUUCCCUGGAUUCCCGAGGUCUCUGUAGAUGAAAGGAGGGAAGCCUUAUUUAGAGCUAGCAAACAUGCUCUGAUGAGGGGUGUGACGACUGUUGUUGAUAUUGGAAGAUAUCUCCCUGGGGCAUCAUUGCAGCAACCUUGGGAUGAUUUUUCAGAUGUCUAUCAAUGGGCUGUUUCUUCAGAGAAGAUGAGGAUCAGGGUUUGCUUAUUUUUUCCAAUACAGACAUGGUCGCGUUUAGCUGAUCUUAUCAACAAAACAGGCCAUGCCCAAAGCGAUUGGGUUUACUUGGGUGGCGUCAAGGCUUUUGUUGAUGGUUCAUUAGGUUCUAAUAGUGCACUCUUUCAUGAGCCAUAUGCUGAUGAGCCUGAUAAUUAUGGCCUACAAAUUAUGGAUCCUGAAAGUCUUCUUAACAUGACCUUGGCAUCGGAUAAAUCUGGUCUUCAGGUUGCCAUUCAUGCCAUAGGUGAUAAAGCAAAUGAUUUAAUUCUGGACAUGUAUAAAUCAGUUGCUGCAACAACUGGAAAGAGGGAUCGAAGAUUUAGGAUUGAGCAUGCACAGCAUUUGGCUCCUGGUGCAGCUGCCCGAUUUGGUGACCAAGGGGUUGUUGCUUCAGUACAGCCACAGCACCUCUUAGAUGAUGCGGAUUCUGCAAUAAAAAAGCUGGGGAUGGAUAGGGCUCAUAAAGCAUCUUAUCUGUUUGGAUCACUUUUGGCUGGCAAUGCUCAGUUGGCACUAGGAUCUGACUGGCCAGUUGUCGACAUCAAUCCGUUAGGUGCUAUCAAGACAGCAAUGAAAAGAAUACCUCCUGGUUGGGACGACGCUUGGAUUCCAUCAGAGCGAAUUUCAUUGAUCGACUCAUUGAUAGCGCAUACUAGUUCAGCUGCUCGUGGAUGCUUUCUUGAAAAUUAUUUAGGAUCAUUGUCUCCUGGGAAACUGGCAGAUUUUGUCAUAUUGUCGACUUCUUCAUGGGAGGACUUUGCAGCAGAAGGGACUGCAUCUGUCGAGGCAACAUACGUCUCCGGUAUGCAGGCAUAUCCUUAG